AUGUACUUCUUCAUAGCCAACCUGUCCUGUGUCGACAUCUGCUUCACCUCUGUCACCAUACCAAAGACGCUGCUCAACAUCCAAACUCAGAGCCAAUCCAUUCCCUACACUGGAUGCCUCACUCAGAUGUAUUUUCUCAUUUUGUUUCUCAAACUGGACAAUACCCUCUUGGCAGUGACGGUGUAUGACAGAUUUGUAGCCAUAUGUCACCCCCUUCACUAUGCCACAACCGUGAGCCCCAAAUUCGGUAUCACCUCAGCGUCUGUGGCUGUGAUUGUCACAGACGUCUACCCCUUGAUCCACACCCUCCUUAUGGAUACGUUGUCAUUCUGUGCAAGCAUGAGAAUUCACCAUAUUUUCUGUGAGCUGUAUGCAUUGCUGAAGCUUUCCUGCUCAGAUACCCACAUCAGUGAGUUGGUUGUUUACACCCUAGAGAGCAUUCUUUUUGUCACUCCCUUCCUCCUUAUUUCUCUUUCCUACACGUACAUUUUCUCAGCCAUCCUGAGACUGCGUUCUCCGCAGAGCAAGUGUAAAGCCUUUUCUACUUGUAGUUCUCACCUUGCGGUGGUGUCCUUGCUCUACGGGACCCUGUUGGGGGUCUAUCUGAGGCCUUCCUCCUCCUACACAGCUGAGGACUCCAUGGCCACAGUGUUGUAUGCAGUGGUGGCUCCUAUGCUCAACCCCUUCAUUUACAGCCUAAGGAAUAAGGACAUGAAAGGAGCCCCAAGAGGCCUCCUCAGCUGGAGAAAGGUCUGCUCUUGGUGA